CUUGAACUGUGCAUUUAUUAUGAAAGAAGUAUUGCUAACAAAAGAUUUCAUUGGAUUUUUGAUAGCUUAUUUAAAUUAAGAUAAAUAUCUCAUAUUAUUCAGGUUCCUUAGGCUGGCCUUCCAUAAAUCUUGUAAGUAAUGGCAGAAAUCAUUUGGAUGAGUAUGAAUCAUUAAAAUUAGGCUCCAAUAAUUGUUCUAUUUAGAGAACCUUUAAGGUAGACCUAAUUUAGUAUAUAAAUCCAAUUAUUUUGUUUAAUUAUCGUAUCCUUAUAUUACAUUAGAGUUUAAAUUAAAGAAUAGUAG